AUGGAGCCGAUUACCACUCAGAAAGAAGAGCCAAAGAACGAGAUAGUGAUAACAUGGGUCCAGGCCAGUGACAAUGAACAAGCAACUAGUUUUAAUCAAGCAGGCCCAAGAAAUGAUUCGGGGGCUGCGGACGGAGGGGCGGGUCCCUCGGCCCUCUCAGGCCGCCGGAGUAGGCUCCGCACGCGGCUCCGCACACACGUCCGAGGGGCGGCAGGCCUCGGGGGUGGCCAGCGAUCCCGCACCGCGUCAGGCAGGUUCCCUCGGGCCUCUCCCCGCCCGGCCGCCCACCCGGGGACCCCAGCAACCCCGCGCGGCGGCGGCCCCGCAACGGCCUUGCCCGGCCGGCCGAGCGCACGUUCACACACACAGGAGACCCUGACGGACAGGCGAGGAGGCGUUACCCGGCAGCGACUUGUCAAAGGGAAAGACGUAAAAGGCGGUGGUGGCGGUGGCGGUGGCGGCGGCGGCGGCGGCGGCAGCAGCAGCACCAGCGGCAGGCGAGUCUCGCGGGAUUUGGACGGAACUCUCGCGCGGUCUGGAGGCCUCUUCCCCACCCCACCCCCCUCCCGCCCCGCAGCUGGGCUGGGUGAGAGAACGAGAGAGAAAAAGGAACGGGGGGCCGGCUGCGAGCCUGCGGGCAGAGAAGGGAAGGCGGCUCGAGGGCGGAAGCGCGCCUGGGUUCUGGGGCCGCUUACCCCUGCGCAGUCCUCGUCGGAGCCGGACAGUCCUCGCCUUCGUUCCCGCGGGAGCGGGAAUCCGCUGACGGGGACGCCGUUGUGGGCGGCUGAUAUAGACUCGGGAGGCGCGGGAGGCAGGCGGCCGGCCAGCCGGCGCGCCCCGUCUCCUUCGCGCUACAGCUGCGCCUCGGUGGCUCGCUUGCCCGACUUUCACCUGCUUCUUGAGUGUCUCUGCGCCGGGCCCCGGAAGCCGACAGCUCUUGCGAUGGCUUACGUCCUUCUUCAGGACCCCUUCCCCUAUGGCAAGGCCCCUGGAGAGGAUGGACACUGA